CUCUAUUCCACACAUCUCUGUUGGUUUAGACAGGCGUAUACCGUAUUGUGUAUAGGGAGUACAAUCCGAUCCAUUUACGAGUACCCUGCAGGGACCUCUCCUCUCUUCUCUUGGCUCUCUAUACCCCGAACAAUUCGAGCCUUUUGUGGCAUACCGGCCGGCUGCCCGACAUGUCGAUGGACGGAUAUUACGACUUUCCUGACAACAAGGCGCCUCAAGCCUGUGUCGCAUGUCGGAAACAAGUAAGUGGAUUUUUUUUGGUCUUUCUUUGGGAAGACAAGAGGGAUGGGUUACUAUCACUGGUCGAGUCUAUGCGGUUUGCUCUAUCGGCCGUAGAAGGUCGUGAGUGAUUCGGUUUCACGCUCCAUCCACUGUUGACGACCAAGAUCCUAACCCCAUUCUGACUCUGUGCUACAGAAACGAAAAUGCGACAAGGUCCUUCCGACAUGUUCACUGUGCGCCCGCAUGUCCCGGACGUGCGACUAUUCCGAAAUCGCACCUUAUCCCAACGCCGAAGAGUUUGCCCUGAUGAAACAGAGAAUGGCGGAUCUCGAGGCUAGACUGGAAGGUCGACGGAGGUCCGAUGUAGGAUGGCACGAACCGUUCAAGUCGGUCUCGGUCAACAGCAGAAGUCCCUCUUCUGGUCUCGAAUCCGGGGCGGCUAGUACUGCCGCCGCCGCCGCCGCUGCCUCUGCAACCACUGCAGCAGACAAUAAAUCAUCGACCACUUUCCCCACCACCAUGUUUUUUCUCGACGCCGAAUUGUUCGAAUCCAGUCAAACAACUAUUCAAAAACCGACCGUACCCAUCCCACCAGAAGUUCUGUCCAUGCUGGGAAGUUCCAUCCUCGACAUUCAAGACAUCGUGGGACGGUACUUUGAAAACAUCCACACCUGGUUACCGUUUGUGUCUAGAAAACGAAUGGAGUUGACCUUGACGAAUCCGGGACUGGAAAUGACCUUUGACCUAGCUCUGUUGUUACUGUGCAUGAAGUUGAUCACCCAGCAGGUGGUGCCAUCACCAUCCCCAUCACCACCGUCCAUGAGUGGCGGCGGCGAUCCUCAGCAGCAGCAGCAGCAGCAACAACAACAGCAGCGCGCCCGGAACUCACUGUACACACUGGCGAAACGGACCUUGUACCUAGGUGAAUCCCAAGGGCUCAUAUGUAUCAGGACGCUGCAGGCGAAUAUAUUGGUGGCGGCGUAUGAGAUUGGUCAUGCGAUCUAUCCCGCGGCAUAUUUGACGACGGGUCACUGUGCCAGGCUUGGCCACGCUUUGGGACUCAACGAUCGGCGGCACGCCCCUCAAUUCCUCAAGAAAAAGGCUGGCGCGUGGGCAGAAGUCGAAGAGAUGAAGCGGACGUGGUGGGCCACCAUGCUUCUCGAUCGAUAUGUCAACCUAGGCACUUAUGGUCGUCCUCUGGCCACCGACGACCCAGGCCGAAGUGACACCUUGCCAGCGGAUGAUGCCCUGUGGAAUUACGGUGAAAUCACCGGUAGCGAACCGUUGUACGUCUCGUCCCCGACCAACAUCAAGGCCGGAGCGUUUGCUCGUACGUGCCAGGCUUGUCACCUCGUGGGACGGUUGAUACGUCUUCUCAACGAUAAAAUGCUCGAAGGGCCCAUGCGAUUCACCGAAGCCAUUCAACUGCACCGUACGUUUCAAGCUCUGGCGAACCUGCUGACCGAAGACACCGGACGACAACCGUGGCAGUAUGGGACGUCGUUGGCCCUCUGCUUCGGAGGUCUCCUUCACCUCUACGACCCUUUUGCCUGUACCGAGACCAACCACGGCACGGGCACGGUGGAGGAGACGGAGAUGCAGACCGUGGCCAUCGGUGGAUUGCGAUCGGUUGCCGCAGACAUUUUACAGUUUAGUCAUCUGCUACAGACGUCGAUGAAGGAAAAUCCGGCCUCCAUCAGUCCACUCAUCGGCGAUUGUCUGUAUAUCGCCGCCGCCACGUACGCUUGGCUUGUCUAUGAGACCGGCACGAGAGAAACGGCGGAGGCUUACCGUCAACUCAGAAAAGUAUUGGAGAUUAUGGGUACUCGAUGGGCGGUGGGAGGGCAGUAUUUGGCGAUUUUGGAAAAAGCCAGAGAGACGUUAUACCCGGAGACGCCACUUUUGCAAUCACCAUAGUCUGGCGCAAUUGAUUGGGAUUUGUGGGUGUGACGGUUAUGGCAAUGACAUGCGCCUAUGGCUAAUGUCGAAUGAGGAGGAGUUUGGUUCGAAAUGACGAGUGAAUGAAAUGUACCCUUUUGCGAAAUACGAAAUGCGAAUGCGAAUAACGGACAUGGACGUAGGAAACCUACAAAGAGGAAUUUGUGCUCCAUAUUCUAAGUUGGAUCUUGUCCUUACAGAAUAGUAGAUUCAACAUCUGUACAUGUUUAAAAGUACAUUGUAUGUGGAUGGUAUUCAGGUACCUCAUGCACCUGGACUACAAGUACUUACUUGAAAUGUUGUUGUAAACGAACC